UUGCAGCAGGCUGCUGAGCAGAAAGAGCUGUGGUUAAUGAUUGACCCGUGGGAGACCUCUUGCUUCCCUCCUGCAAGUCGACAGGGAGGCCAGUGCCAGGGACCUGGAAGGGAGAGGAGGAACCACAGCAAGGCAAAGUACUGCGGGUCUCGCUGUGAGUUGGUCAGGGAGGUCAGAGCCUGGUCCCUUCUUACUGCAGAGCUGCUGUCUCCAAACCCCACCACCACCCACCGGCGCCACCAGGGAUUCUAGGGUGAUUUAUUCCAGGAAGUUUCAAUGAGAAAGCCGAAAAACUAAGUCACCCUUGGCCAGCCAACUCCAGUGACGGAAAGUGCUGCGCCCACGCUGGUGAGUUGCGAGAUUUCUCUGGGCAGAGGAAGGGAAGUGGAGACCUUUGGGGACCUGGUAGCCUGGCUCUCCCUUCCUCAUGGCUUCAUCCAGUAUCUCCAGCAAUGUCUGUUCCCGUGUCAUCGAUCACAGCCAUGUCCCCGAAUUUGAGGUGGCCACUUGGAUCAAAAUCACCCUCAUCUUGGUGUACCUCGUCAUCUUCGUAGUGGGCAUCUUGGGCAACAGCGUCACCAUCCGGGUUACACAGUUAUUGCAGAAAAAGGGCUAUUUGCAGAAGGAGGUGACAGAUCACAUGGUCAGUUUGGCUUGUUCAGAUAUCUUGGUCUUCCUGAUUGGCAUGCCCAUGGAGUUCUACAGCAUCAUUUGGAACCCUCUGACUACACCCAGCUACCCGCUGUCCUGCAAGCUCCACACGUUCCUCUUCGAGACAUGCAGCUAUGCCACAUUGCUGCACGUGCUGACCCUCAGCUUUGAGCGCUACAUUGCCAUUUGUCAUCCCUUCAGGUAUAAGGCCGUGUCUGGACCUUGCCAGGUGAAGCUGCUGAUCGGUUUUGUAUGGGUCACCUCUGCCCUGGUGGCGCUGCCCUUGCUCUUUGCCAUGGGUAUCGAGUACCCCCUGGUGUCUGUGCCUACCCACAGAGGACUCAACUGCAACCUCUCUCGCACCCGCCACCACGAGCAACCUGAUACCUCCAAUAUGUCCAUCUGCACAAACCUCUCCAGCCGCUGGACUGUCUUCCAGUCCAGUAUCUUUGGGGCCUUCGCGGUUUACUUGGUGGUCCUGGUGUCUGUGGCUUUCAUGUGUUGGAAUAUGAUGAAAGUGCUCAUGAGGAGCAAGCGGGGCACUCUGGCAGGGACAGGGCCACAGCUGCAGCUGAGGAAGUCCGAGAGUGAGGAAAGCCGGACAGCGAGAAGACAAACCAUCAUUUUCCUGAGACUGAUUGUGGUGACGCUGGCCGUGUGUUGGAUGCCAAAUCAGGUUCGGCGGAUCAUGGCUGCGGCAACACCCAAGCAUGACUGGACCAAGUCGUACUUCAGGGCAUAUAUGAUCCUUCUCCCCUUCUCUGACACCUUCUUCUACCUCAGCUCUGUGGUCAACCCUCUCCUCUACAACGUGUCCUCUCAGCAGUUCCGGAAGGUGUUCUGGCAGGUCCUCUGCUGCCGCCUGACUCUGCAGCACGCCAACCACGAGAAACGCCUGCGUGCCCAGUUCAGCUCCACCAAGGACAGCACCCGCUCCAUCCGCAGCCCCCUCAUCUUCCUAGCCUCCAGGCAGAACUCUUCCUCCAGGAGAUCUAACAAGGUUUUCCUAAGCACUUUUCAGGCUGAGGCCAGGCCCGGAGACGCUAAGCCCCAGUCCUUGAGUCCUGAGUCACCACAGAUCGACUCAGAGACCAAACCAGCUGAUUCUGCCACAGAAAAUGGUUUACAGGAGCAGGAAGUGUGAAUACCAAGUUCAGAAGCCUUGAGCAGAAACUGGCUCCUCCCUCCCGCAAAAGCCAAGUUACCUUCACGCAGCGUCCUGCAUUAGACUGUGACUCCAUCAGGGGCAGAAUGGAAGCUGGAGGCUUUGGGAGGGGCAGAUGCAUAUCGCAAUGACUUCUAAGGGCUGAUUCUUCCAGGCUGGCCUUGGUGGUGGCUCCGUGGACUGGGAUGGGAAGACCUGGGCUUUCUGCUCCAAGCUUUUGCUUCAACUACACACAGAAAUUCGGACUGAACUGUUUCAGAACUUACAAAGUAUUUGUGCAUGGCAAUCUUGCAUUACUUGAAAGGGAACAAACAGGCCCCUUUGUCUACCCAGAAUUAAAGGACACCCAGAAGAGGCUCAAGGAAGUGAGAGAGGGAGGGCCAGACAGAUGACGCAGCAGGGGUUGGCAUCUCCUUUAGCUUCAGCAGUGUGCCAAGCAGAGGGCUAAGUUGAAGAGCAGGGCAGUGGUGAGAAGCCCUGGCCUGACGGCCGAGGCAGAGCUGCCUCUUUUCUUGGGCCUCGGCCCGUUGCAAAGAGGAGUGUUGCAGCAGCUGAUACACACGGAGUUCAGUUUCCCAGGGGAACAGAAGGACUGGUACCCGGCCGAGGCAAUCAGACAGGCUGCUGACGAUGCACACGACUUCCGGUACAUGAUCCCUGCAACACAGGACCACAGAAGUGGGGUUAGCAUGUGUAGUCUGCAGUCCAAAAUCACUUCGAGCCCAGAUCUGAACGCAUAGCUUUUCCUAACUCCUCACAGGGAAAGGGUUCUUGUCCCCCGAGCUUGUUGCAGCCUGGGAGUUCUUUGGGGUUAUUGCAUGGAGGUCACACAGAACCUAUAGUGAAUACGACAGUCACUGUUUCACUUUUGACAAACUUGUUCUGACAGCUAUUUUAGCUGCUAUAUCCAUGAAUAAAGAGUCAUUAACACCAAA